UGCAGCUUGGUUUACACCUUUACAAAACUUUUUUGCGAAUGUAAUUUUAUUUUAUGCUUGCAAUGUCACGUACGCUUUUACAAAUGUUAUCCUGCGCAUGCAAAUCUUUUAGGCGUGAUUUUACCUUCAUAAAAAUGGCUGUUUACAGAUCUGAAAGAAAAAAGCGUUUCUGUCCCAAAAUUAGACAUCGCACCAUGAAAUGAGACAGGAUCUCGUUUAUAAACUCUUUUGUUCCUGUCUAUUUGUUGUUUAUUUGUCUUCAUUGUAAAUGUUUAUUCAAAUUGUCUGUAAGAAUCCAUGUCCAAAUAAAAAGUUAGAUCAACUGGCCUUUUUAGCCUGGAGUUUAUGUUUUAGAUCCCUGAUGAUUUAAUAAUCAAAUAUCUCCACGCGUCCACAUUAUAUUCAUGCAGUCGCUGAGAAACUAUUCUUCGUGUAUAUAUUUAUUGCAGACCUUUGUUUAAAUUCGGCUUAAUCUGCUGUGGUGAUGUAAUACUCAGCUCACGUGGUCGAAGACGUCCAGGCGUUGCCCUGGUGACGGAAGCGUCACCGGAAGUGAGGAGGAGAGACGAACGAUGGCGGACGAUACGACGAAAACGGAUGUGCAGAUUCCUGUGACCACAGACGUCAAGACACCUCGACCAAAGAAAGCUCCUGAACUUCCCAUCCUGGAGAGGAGAAACUGGCUCAUUCAUCUGCAUUACAUCCGUAAAGAUUAUGACACCUGUAAGGCCGUUAUUAAAGAACAGCUGCAUGACACUCGAGGCAUGUGUGAAUACGCCGUGUACGUCCAGGCUCUGAUCAUGCGGUUAGAAGGGAAGAUUCAGGAGUCUCUGGAGUUGUUUCAAAGCUGCGCCAUUCUGAAUCCCAAAAGCUCAGACAACCUGAAGCAAGUGGCACGAUCCCUUUUUCUUUUAGGGAAACACAAAGCUGCUAUUGCGGUUUAUAAUGAAGCCGGUCGUCUGAAUCAGAAGGACUGGGAGAUCAAUCACAAUCUGGGUGUUUGUUACAUCUACAUCAAAGACUUGAAGAACGCAGAAGAGAGAUUAAACGCAGCGUUACAGCAAAACAAACACGAUCUGACCUUCAUGAUGCUGGGAAAAAUGCACUUACUGCAGGCCGACACUGAGAAAGCCAUUGAGGUGUACAAGAGCGCUGUGGAGUUUUCUCCUGAGAACACAGAGCUGUCGGGCACACUGGGGCUUCUGUACAUGCAGCUCGGCAAAUAUCAGAAAGCCUUUGAGCACCUCGGAAACGCUCUGACGUACGACCCAAAUAACUUCAAGGCCAUCCUGGCAGCCGGCAGUAUGAUGCAGGCACAUGGAGAUUAUGACGUGGCCAUGAAUAAAUAUCGUGUAGCGGCACACGCGGUCCCAGAGAGUCCACCGCUCUGGAAUAACAUCGGAAUGUGCUUCUUUGGCAAAAAGAAAUACGUGGCCGCCAUCAGCUGUCUGAAGAGGGCCAACUAUCUCUCUCCGUUCGACUGGAAGAUUCUCUAUAAUCUGGGUUUGGUUCAUUUGACCAUGCAGCAGUAUGCGUCAGCGUUUCACUUUCUGAGCGCCGCCGUCAAUCUGCGGCCGCGCAUGAGUGAGCUCUACAUGCUGCUGGCAGUCGCCCUGACCAACCUGGACGAUGCUGAAAACGCCCGGCGGUCUUACGAGCAGGCCGUUCAGACGGAUGAGUCAGACCCGCUGGUGAACCUGAACUUCGCCGUGUUCUUGUAUAACCAGGAUGAUAAGAAGGCCGCGCUCCUGCAGUACCAAGAAAUGGAGAGGAAAGUCAACGCUCAGGUGGAAAACAAUAGCAACGUCGAGUUCGACCCGGAGAUGGUUGAAAUGGCUCAGAAGAUGGCGACGGCUCUACAGGUCGCUGAGACGGUGUACUGGAACAAAGCGGGUAAAGAUGGUAAAAACGCUCAACGGUCCUCUUCCAAUAAAGCCAGCCGCUCCCAGCAGCCCCUGGGCACAAACCAGACUCUUGGUCAGGCCAUGUCUUCAGCCGCAGGUUACAGCAAAAACAUCCAGAACACCGCAGAGGCUGAGGUGAACGCCCCCUCACCCCCCCCAGAUCCUCCUGGAGACCCUGAUGAUGAUGAUCAUGAUGUGGACGAGACGCCCGAAACAGCAAAACUCAAAGAGAAGAAGAGGAAGGUCAAAGCUGCAGCUGAAUAGUUGGUUGUUAGUCAUCAUGCAUAACCACAAGCACACGUGAAUGUAGAGGAUUGUUAAUAAAAGCAUCAGGUUA